UGGCAGAGAGAGCCGGGGCCAGCCGCCCGGACACCAGGUGUCUGGAGUCAGAGCUGCAGAGCGAGCGCUUCAGGCUCGGCAUCAAGGCAAAGAUGAUUCCGUUGGCCGAGUUCAAGCAGUUCACGGAACAGCAGCCCGCCUUCAAGGUGCUCAAACCCUGGUGGGACGUGCUGGCGGAGUACCUCACCGUGGCUAUGCUCAUGAUCGGGGUCUUUGGCUGCACGCUGCAGGUGACCCAGGACAAGAUCAUCUGUCUGCCCAGUCACGAACUCAGGGAGAAUUUAUCCGAGGCCCCAUGCCAGCAACUGCUGCCACGGGGGGUCUCCGAGGAGAUGGGGGGCCUCCGGGAGGUCAGCGGCCUCAAGAACAACCUGGACCUACAGCAGUACAGCUUCAUUAACCAGCUCUGCUACGAGACAGCCCUCCACUGGUAUGCCAAAUACUUCCCCUACCUGGUCGUCAUUCACACGCUCAUCUUCAUGGUCUGCACCAGCUUCUGGUUCAAGUUCCCUGGCACCAGCUCCAAGAUCGAGCACUUCAUCUCCAUUCUGGGCAAGUGUUUUGACUCACCGUGGACCACGCGGGCCCUGUCCGAGGUCUCUGGGGAGAACCACAAGGGCGCCACCGCGGGACGGGCGACAGCGACCAUAGAGGCCUCCGCAGGGCCAGGGAAAGCAAGUGAGGGUGAGAAGGAAAAGGUGCUGGUGGAGCCUGAGAAGGUGGUCACUGAGCCACCGGCCGUCACUCUAUUGGAUAAGAAGGAGGGUGAACAGGCCAAAGCCCUGUUUGAGAAGGUCAAGAAGUUCCGUGUGCACGUGGAGGAGGGAGACAUCUUGUAUACCAUGUACAUCCGGCAAACGGUGCUCAAAGUCUGCAAGUUCUUUGCCAUCCUGGUCUACAACCUGGUCUACGUGGAGAAGAUCAGUUUCCUGGUGGCCUGCAGGGUAGAGACCUCGGAGGUCACAGGCUAUGCCAGUUUCUGCUGCAAUCACACCAAGGCCCACCUCUUCUCCAAGCUGGCUUUCUGCUACAUCUCCUUUGUGUGCGUCUACGGGCUAACCUGUCUUUACACGCUCUACUGGCUCUUCCAUCGGCCCCUCAAGGAGUACUCCUUCCGUUCGGUGCGGGAGGAGACCGGCAUGGGUGACAUACCGGACGUCAAGAAUGACUUUGCUUUCAUGCUACACCUCAUCGACCAGUAUGACUCGCUCUACUCCAAGCGCUUUGCUGUCUUCCUCUCUGAAGUCAGUGAGAGCCGCCUGAAGCAGCUCAACCUGAACCACGAGUGGACGCCUGAGAAGCUGCGGCAGAAGCUGCAGCGCAACGCCCGGGGCCAGCUCGAGCUGGCCCUCUGCAUGCUCCCGGGGCUGCCCGACACCGUCUUCGAGCUCAGCGAGGUGGAGGCGCUCCGGCUGGAGGCCAUCUGUGAUAUCACUUUCCCCCCGGGCCUCUCACAGCUGGUGAACCUGCAGGAGCUCAGCCUGCUCCACUCGCCCGCCAGGCUGCCCUUCUCCCUGCAGAUCUUUCUGCGGGACCGCCUGAAGGUCAUCCGGGUCAAGUGUGAGGAGCUCCGCGAGGUGCCCCUGUGGGUGUUCGGGCUGCGCGGCCUGGAGGAGCUGCACCUUGAGGGGCUCUUCCCCCCGGAGCUGGCUCGGGCGGCGACCCUCGAGAGCCUCCGGGAGCUGAAGCAGCUCAAGGUGCUGUCUCUGCGGAGCAAUGCCAGCAAGGUGCCAGCCAGCGUGACUGACGUGGCCGGGCAUCUGCAGCGGCUCAGUCUGCACAAUGAUGGGGCCCGCCUGCUGGCCCUUAACAGCCUCAAGAAGCUGGCGGUGCUGCGGGAGCUCGAGCUGGUGGCCUGCGGGCUGGAGCGCAUCCCCCAUGCCAUCUUCAGCCUGGGCGCGCUGCAGGAACUCGACCUCAAAGACAACCACUUGCGGUCCAUUGAGGAGAUCCUCAGCUUCCAGCACUGUCGCAAGCUGGUCACGCUCAGGCUGUGGCACAACCAGAUCGCCUAUGUCCCCGAGCACGUGCGUAAGCUCCGGGGACUCGAGCAGCUCUACCUCAGCCACAACAAGCUGGAGACCCUGCCCAGCCAGCUGGGCAUGUGCUCUGGCCUCCGCCUGCUGGACAUCUCCCACAAUGGGCUCCGCUCCCUGCCACCUGAGCUGGGCCUCCUCCAGAACCUGCAGCACCUGGCUCUGUCCUACAAUGCCCUGGAGGCCCUGCCCGACGAGCUCUUCUUCUGCCGCAAGCUGCGGACGUUGCUCCUGGGCUACAACCACCUGAGCCAGCUCUCGCCCCAGGUGGGGGCGCUCAGAGCCCUCAGCCGCCUGGAGCUCAAGGGCAACCGCUUGGAGGGCCUGCCAGAAGAGCUUGGCAACUGUGCGGGGCUCAAGAAAGCGGGGCUCCUGGUGGAGGACACCCUUUACGAGGGCCUGCCGGCAGAGGUGCGGGAAAAGCUGGAGGAGGAAUGAAGCGUUGGUGGGGAAGGUUGGGGUAAGAGGCCUUCUGGAUGCUUCCACCCCAGAAUCUCUACUGUUGUCUUCAAGAGAGGUGGCCAAGAGGGCCCAGGCCAGGAGAGGAGGAGCAGACGCAUCAACCUUGUGGGGUCCAGGCAAGAUCCUGGGACUGGUCUGUUGAGAAGAGACAGGAGGCCGUGGAUUUGGGGUGGAACAUCAUGGAGGGAUUAACUCAGUCAUAGGAUUCUCAGGCCAAAGAUACCUGUGUCUUUGGCAGGCUGUCCUGCCCUGCCCCGGGGACAUUCUAGCUCAGUUAGUGCCAUAUAUGGGGGUGGGGCACAUCCCAAUGGGAUUUCAACCUUGUCCACCGCCCCCCACUGGCCCCGACCAAAACAGCUUAUCUCUGGGGUUCUCUCCCAAGGAGGGGACACAGACACAAGGGACCAGCGACCCUCGCCCCCAACUUUGAUGCCAAUCCCUUAUUUAUAAGUUGUUUGCUACAGACACGUGAACUUUGGCUAUGCAUCAAAAUCAACAUCCCCAAAACAAAACAUCGCAGGCCCCACCCCUGAAAGACUGACGCAGGGCUGGUUGGAGGCCAGGAACCUGCCCGUAAAUAAACAUCCCAGGUAACUGAUGCAGGUGGUCCUAGGCCUGUAUGUUGGGAACUAUGGACCUACAGAAUCUGGAUGUCCAGUGCAGGGAUUCUGAACCCUUUUCAAGUCCUAGAACUUUUGAACAUCUGAUAAAAGCUGGGCACCUCCUUUCCCAGGAAAAUGCUCGGGUACACAUACACGCAAAGUUCUGCAAGCAACCUCAGGCAGUCAACAGAUUCCCCCAGAUGUCCCAGAGGGCCAUUCGUGGACAUCCUAAGGAUGGCAGACUGCAGGGGUUAAGAACGCCUGCCAUGGAGGUUACAUUCUUCUGAGCACAGGCAGGGACUUGUCUCUCAAGUGUUCCCUGUGUGAGGGAGCAUCUAUCAGUGGGUGCUUAAUAAAUAAUAUGAAUUAGGAGAACUAAACUUCUGAUCUCUGCUAUCCACUUCUGUUGUCUAAGCCUUCCAUUUCACCAGACCAAUGACAGGCAAGCAAAGACACAGACGUGCCAGAAUCA